AUGCAGGGCCCUUCGAUUGUGGUCGGCAUUGAUUUUGGCACCACGUUCAGUGGUAUUGCCUGGACAAUCGGCAAUUCAAUCGAGGACAUCGAGGUACACCCGCACUGGCCGGGCGGUGGUAACAGAACAUCCGUAAAAGUCCCAUCGACAAUCUCAUUCAGCGGCGUCAAGAUCCAAUGGGGCUACCAGGUCGGGCAGUUCACCGAAGCCCUGCGCGGAAUCAAACUCCUUCUAGACGAGGACCAGAAGAUCGAGUACACGCCGUCGCUGCAGUCAAAGGCACUGCUCGCAAAAUACGGCAAGACUGCCGAGGAAGCUACGGCGCUGUACCUGAAGCAGCUCAUCCAGCAGGCGAAGCAAGUUCUCGAGCGGCGGCUGGGGCUUGACAUUGACGAGCUGGACACGCAGUUCAUUUUGACGGUGCCGGCGGUAUGGUCGGACAAGGCGAAGGACUCGACUAUGCGGGCUGCUGUUGCCGCCGGUAUUGAUUUGAAGAAUCUCUCGCUUGUUUCGGAGCCGGAGGCCGCUGCGCUUUAUGCCCUGCGAGCUAUUCAGCCGAACUCCAUCGCGAAAGACGAUGUGUUUACCGUCUGUGAUGCCGGUGGAGGCACUGUGGUAAGCAAGCAAGACCCUGGCCCAGUCGACGCUCCCCGUUUUAACCAACGCCAGGACCUCAUCUCCUACCAGAUCAAGAGCCUCGAGCCGCUCGUUCUCGCGGAGGUUACUGAAGGAACAGGCGCAGUGUGUGGGUCCGUCCUCCUCGACGGCCGGUUCGACGAGCACCUCAAGCAGAAGAUGGGGCUUGAGAAGUAUGACGCGCUGAAGCACAAGUCCAAGGAGGCGGCAAUGACCUACUGGCAAGAGCGCGUCAAACCCAACUUCACCGGCCAUUUCGAUGACGAGUUCGGCGAGAUGGAGUACUUUAUUCCCGUUGCGGGCGCUGAGGACGACGAGUCGAUUCCGAUCGAAGAUGGCUUCUUCAUGAUGAGCAGUGAGGACGUCGAAUCUAUUUUUGAGCCAAUCAUCCUGCAAAUCGAGCAGUUGGUUGCCCAGCAAAUCGCCGCUGUCGGCAAAGAGCCUUGCAAGACGCUCCUCCUUGUGGGAGGAUUUGGCGCAUCCGAGUAUCUCUACCACCGGUUACGUACGGCGAAUCCGGGCCUCGCCAUUCUUCAGCCCCCAAAUGGGUGGUCUGCAAUCGUCAGCGGGGCGGUCCAUCGUGGGCUCGAGGGCAACAAGGUCGAAUCUCGAAUUGCCCGCCGCAACUACGGCGUUGAAUGCCACAUCAAGUUCGUUCCGAGCAUACAUCGUCCCGACGAUCCCACAAAGCGUUGGGACCCUCUAGAGCAGACCUACAGAGUCAGCGGGAUGGAUUGGUACAUAGAAAAGGUGCGUCGGAUUCCCGAUAUGCCUGAGCCACCUACACCUACAUCGCAGGAAGCUCACUGCAUCUCCUAUCAGUCCUCCAAAGUCUCGGAGAACAAACCCAUCAGAAUGGGCUUUUAUAGCUCGAUUUCGGUGCAGCGGCAUAAGAGGAACGUAUUCCGUAUUCCGCUUUAUUUCUCUCAUGACGACGUGGCACCAAGACAAAUGACUCCCGAAACGAUGAAAUUGUGCGAGCUCGAGGCCGACCUACGGGUUAUCCCGGAGGAACUGUUUGACAGAAAGAAGAAUUCCGACGGGAUAGAGUACUUCAGGAUACCGUUUGUUUUGAAAAUGACGCCGACUUCGGCGUCCUUGAUCUUUGAACUCGAGUUCAAUGGCGUCUCGUAUGGAAGUGUGCGCUCGAAGUACUAG